GUAGUAGUACAUACCUUAGAUUGAGGGACAAUGGAUAGGUAUGUAUUCUAUUCCAAGCCCCAAAGUCAUGGCCCUUAUAACACAAGACUUGCCACCUCACCCCCAUCCCCCCCUUUUUUUACAACAUCCAGGUUUUAGGGCUAGGUAGGUGCAUUUUCUAAUGGCCAUACUUGCUGGUGAUUAAAGUAGGACGAAAUUAACAGCCUAUUUAAUCGUUGAUUCGAUCGACUUGGCCCUGGGGGUUCUUUUGCAAACGGACCUCGAGUUACUCCAUCGGGAUCAGUUUGCACCACUACGUAAAAGACUGAAUGGAUUGAUCAAUAAUACAUACAAGGAAAAGCUGAGUCUUUAGCCUCAUCGCUGAACAUGACAUCCAUAUCAGAUCAACUGACACAGCAGCCUCGCCACUUGCAUACGUAUUCGAGCCAUCCAUCCGGCUUCGAAGGUGCAAACAAGCUGAUCUUUGCAAACGAAAUGCCAUCAAACGAGUCCCCGUUCGAUGUUAUCAAGACAUGCAUACCGACACAGCUCGUAGCUAACAGAACUCACUAUCACGGGUAACUACGGUUAUACACGUAACCAGACAGAUACAUGCAGUUAUCAUUUUCGACGAACCUCCAUGUCUCUGUCCCAGCUUCUUCUACAUACCCUAGAACCAUAUCUAUAAAACCUAGCAUUCGCAGGCGAGAGAGCUUCCACAUCCUUGCUUACAUCCCUCCACAAGCCCCUCGCCUACCUACAGUUGAAACCAUGAGCACGCUUCUGGCGCGACUAGGAUUUGGGGGGGCCGGAAUCACAGGAGGAUCCCCAGCCGCCUUCAUCCAAAGCACGCUCAGCAACGCAGCCGCCGCCCAGCGGCCCUUCGCCGUGCUGCAGAGCGCCGGCAUGGGCGGGUACGGCGCCACCAUCGUGCACAGGAUGAUCCAAGCCGGGGCCGUCGCCGCCGGGGGCGCUGCGACGCUGAUGGUGUGGCUUCUGCCGGACACGGAGCUCGGUGUCAAGGUGGUGGUUUUUACGAGCAAAUGAUAUGAUAUGAUGCAGGCCCUACGUCUCCUCACCUAGGUACCGAGCUUGGAUCGUCCGAGACGGCAACACCAGUGUAUGUCAAGUAGCCGGCAGCCUUAUGAAGCCCGAAUAAUGUUUCAGCUGGGCCAUGAGCGAACACUCGAGGUCACUGGCUAGCCGAGUGCUUACUAGGUUAGGUAUCUACCUACAUAUAUCGUCGACUAGUGUGGCUCAGGAGGUGGCUUGAUAUUCAAACACGAUACGCAAGUGACUGAGUACCAAAUAGUACA